AGUGACUGACCUGUCCUAACAGACCAGUAAGAAAUAUCCACCCGCCGCCAUCUCAGACAAGUGUACAGACAGCAACCCGUUCUCACGGAAUAGAGCAUAGCCACCCAUCAGGCUUCACAGACAGUUUGAACAGACAUCCAUCAUUACCAGAUUCAUACUUCCGGGCAUUGCAUAAACAUUACUUAAUUGGCUAUAGGUGGACGAACGACCUGAAGAAAUAUGUUAUACACAUUUUAAAUGUGUACGUACUCGCGUAAAUCACAACUGACCUACUUCUCCCUGUCGCACCUUUCUCUGCUUUACCAGACCGUGUAAUGGACAUAUUACAUAAAACAAGGAAUCGAAGGGGAUUUAUACUAAUAUACACGGAGGUUAUUAAUUAAUAUACCACAUCAACGAUGAGUGAGAUAAGGUCACCUUUAAUGUCGAGGAUUUAUUGGUAUAGGUUCAAUCGUCGAAGACCUGUGUGUUCCAUUUGUCCUAAUGUGUGUAAAUCGGAUUAUGUUGACAGGAAAUGAACAGCGUGGUAUAUAACAUGGGUAAGAAGAUCUGGAGAUGCAGCAUAGUCUCUCUAUGUUUGGGAAUCUUCACCAUAAUUUCUGGAAUCGCCAUGAUCCCGCUAUUGCGAAUAUACAUUAACAGCAUGAUAGCAAAGGAAGUUACAUUGGAGGAUGGAACCUUUGUCUACAAAGCAUGGACGGAACCGCCUUUUCCGAUAUAUUUCGAAUUUUUUUUCUUCGACGUACUUAAUCCGGAGGAAGUAACUAAAAUGAACAAGAAAAUGGCAGUCAGACAACGGGGUCCAUAUACAUACAGACUGAUAUCAACAAAAACUAAUGUCACAUUCAACGCAAAUGGUACAGUGUCCUAUCGUGAGCCUGAUACAUACGUGUUUGACAGAUCGAGGUCAGUGGGACCAGAGUCAGACACAUUUUUAACGCUCAACGUAAUUUUACUGACAAUGUUCAAUACACUCCGAUAUGAGUAUGAAUUCGUCAAACUCAUGACGGAGUUGUUGGCGGACUCCGUAGAUGACAACCAACUUUUCAUUCGUCUUUCUGUCCAUGAUAUCCUUUGGGGUUACCAAGACACUAUCCUCCAUAAAGUCAAGGAAGAGUUACAAGUGCUAGACAUUCCGUUUGAUGACCACUUCGGAUUUUUUUACAAGUUAAAUAACUCGGACGAUGGCAUUUGGACCAUAGAAUCCGGGAAAAGAAAUGUAGCAAAUAAUUUUGACAUUCGUUUUUGGAACGGCAAAGAUAUGUUAGACUACUGGAGUACAGAGGAGAGUAACAUGAUCAACGGAACUGACGGUAACCUUUUCCAUCCGUUCGUUAAAAAAACAGAUCAUCCACCAUUCUUUUUUUCGCAGCUUUGCAGGUCAAUGACGAUGGAUUACGAGAGAGACACAAUGGUGCAUGGGAUAGAUACAUACCGAUUCACACACCCUCGUGAUAUAUUCGACAACCCUGAUCAGAACCCUGCCAAUGAAGGAUUCUGUACUCCAAUGAACAACUGCCCACCCAGUGGGCUGUACAAUAUCAGCGUCUGUAGGAAAGGGUCGCCAUUCUCUGUUUCCAUGCCACAUUUCCUGUAUGCAGAUGAAAGUGUGAUAAACGGCGUGCAAGGAAUCAGACCUGAUGCAGCCCUCCAUGAAUCAUACAUAGAUGUAAUGCACGAUAUUGGAUGCGUGUUGAAAACAGAGAGAAAAUAUCAAAUAAAUAUGCUGGUCAGAAACAAUCCAGAUUUUACAAUUGUCAAGGAUAUAAAGGACGUUUACUUUCCGAUAUUUUGGUUUAAUGAGAGUACUGUUGUAACGGACGACUGGGCGAAAUUCAUCAAAUCGUCAUAUCUUCUACCUGUUGGCAUCGCCUCCGACAUACCAUACAUAUCUAUAGGAGUCGGGACACUAGUCACUUUUAUCAGCUCUGUCGCCAUUCAUAGACAACGACGGAAGUCAACGGUCAAGAUUCACGAGGACCAAACAGUUGACCCGUCUGAAAACACAUCGCUAUUAGUAAAUGAGUGACUUUAUGCUACGUGAAGGAUAUAAGACGCAUUGAAUUUUCCUCACAAUCGCCAGUGUGUAUGCCACUGUGACGCAUCAUCCUUGACUUAAUUCGCGUGUUCAACCAUUGUGACGCAUCGUCAUUGAUUUCGUAUGUUCAACCGUAGUGACGCGUUACGUUAUGUGUUCGGACAGUAUUGACAUUGCUUUACUUAAUGUGUUUUUGCAGUAUCAACAUCGCAUUACUCGAUGUGUUCUGAAAAAGUGCCAUAUUAACGUAGCCUUAUUCUGUGUGCCCCGCUAAAUUGACUAUCAACAUAGCCUAACUGCAAGUACUCAACCACAGUGACGCAUCAUUAAAGCCUUAUUUCGUUAGUUUUGCCAUAAUGAAAUAUCACCAUCACAAUUGUGUGGUCUGACAGUGACGUAUUGCUAUCGUAUUAUUUCAUGUGAUCCGACAAAGUCGUACAGUAUUGUUAUCAAUGACUUUUAUUCGUUAAUCAUUUAUAGCAGUUAUAUUGUAUUUAUUAUUAAAAAAUACAAAUUGCUUUUUAAUUAUGA